AUGACUCUUGCUUCCGUAAACGACUUGACUGCACGCUUAGAAAAGAUAGAGCAAAACAUUACGCUAACACUACAAGAAAUAGAUCACAAUUUUUCCACAAGCCAUCAUAUAGUAGCUACGCGAGUGUUACCACAGGUCGAACGCUUUGCACAAUUAUCAAAGGACAUAUGGGAUAACACUAAGUUCUGGUUGAGCUUUUUCGAGUCCUUAGAUUCUUACUCGCCGUCGAACGAUAUAUCGCAAUUGUCGACAAAUAGUGACUUGGGUUUCUCCCAGUUCUUAGAUACUUACUCGGCUGACUUGGGUUUCUCCCCGCCAGUGACUAUGCAAUUCUCUUUGCCGCCUUCAAAGCUGCUGAGGACUCCCGCACCAGAAGCUGCAAGGAUUAUCAUGAGUGAUGUCAUGCAAAUGAUAAGUCCUGUAUCCACUCCAUGUCCAAUGAGUGAUGUCAUGCAAACCAUAAGUCCUGUAUCUACUCCAUGUCCAAUGAGUGAGAACCGAACCUCGUUGACUGCCUAUAGUCAUUUAAGAGAUUAUCGAAUAUAA